AUGACAAAAAUAAUUAACUAUUCUUUUGUAUAUUUUUAUUUUAUUUUUGUUCAAUUUACUUUAAUAAAAUGUGAAAUUAAUUCAACACAACCAACAACAUCUUUAACAGAAAAUAAAGAAAAUGAUACAAAAAUUCCCCGAGAAGCAACAAAUGAAUUGCCAAAUCCUGGGGAAAUUGCUGAUCCUUCCUUAGUCCCCGUUCAUCUCGAAAAGCCAGAAUAUCGUCCAGUUGCAGUAAAUAAUCCAAUGCCCGUAGUUACUGAAAAUCCAAGAGAAGAAUCUACAAGUAUAUCUACAACAAUAAUUAAUUUAGGGGAAGGGAAAAAUAAAAUAAUUGAAGAAAUAAUUACAACUACAACUACAAUACCUAGUGAAGGAGAACAAACAGAAAUAACAACACUUAAACCUAAAGAAGAACAAAAAGAAGAAGAAACAACCGAAGAACCAAAAUCUGAGAAAAAAGAGGGAGAAGAAAAAGAAGAAAGUGGGGGAGAGAAUAAAGAGGGAGGGGAAAUCCCUCCCCCUCCAGAUACUUCUACUCCACCAACAACAGAUAUAUUAGAAACAACAACUUUGGAAGAACAAAAUAAUUUAGAUGAAGAAGAAUUAAUUAAAUUAAUGACAGAAGCUUUAAAACGUUCAAAUUUAGCUAUUCAAAAUGUUACUUUAAUAUUACCCGGGGAUACUAAUCCAACAUUAUUACAAACUUUUUUACAAACUUUAUUAAAUAAUAAUAAUUUGGUAAAUGAACAACAAAAAAAUAAUUUAAUGCCUGCCCCCCUUUUUCCUUCAAAUCAGUUUUGGCCUUCAGCAGCAAAUAUUCCUCCACCUAAUACUGUUUAUACUUCAUCAUUUAAUAUUCCCCAACAACGCCCAACACGUCCUUUUUAUUUAAUUAAAGUCGAACAAUUAAAUGAUUGGAUUAAAUCUGGUAAAAAUAUAAAAAUUUUGGAUGCAAGUUAUGACCCAGAACCGUUACCCAUUGAUCAUAUUAAAUUUUAUUCUGAUUAUUAUGCAAAAUGGGAUAAACUUUUAUUGGAAAAGAGAAAUCUUCAAUUUGAACGUUCACAUUUAGAGGGGGCAAUUCCUUUUAAUUUAAAUAUAGCAACUUAUCCAAGUUGGAAUGAAAGACAAUCUUUAUAUUCCCCCCAACUUUUCCAACAAUAUAUUCAACGUUUGGGGAUUGAUCAAAAUGAUCAAUUGGUAAUUUAUGGGAGAGGUCCAAAUGGGGGAAUGUUGGAAUCAGCACGUGUUUGGUUUUUAUUUAGAAUAUAUGGACAUGAAAAUGUGGGUAUUGUAGAUGGGGGUUUGGAAGCUUUACAAAAUUCUGAUUUUGAAUUAACUAAUGGAACUACAGAAAAUAUUAGUUUGGGUAAUUGGACAGCUAAAUUCAGAGAUGAUUUAUUAUCUACUUUUGAAGAAUUAACAACUGUAGAUAAUUAUGGUUAUUGUAUUUUGAGUAGAUUAUUUUGGUAUAAUUUUCUCGAUUCGAGGCCUAGAAAUGAAUUUUUUGGAUUAUCUGGAAUUUAUGAAACACAAAGAGGACAUUUAACUGGAUCAAAGCCUUUUCCAGCUGACGAAUUGGUUACUCCAAAAGGAUUUUUAUUAUCCACAGAAGAAAUAUUAAAAAAAUUAACACAAAUUGGUUAUAACCGUAAUUACCAAACAAUUGUUUUUGGCAACACAGCAGAUGAAGCUUCUUUAAUUCUUUUAGCAUUAGCUUUAGUACAAGACACUAAAGCAAAACUUUAUAAUGGAGGAAUUGAAGAAAUAAAAAGAAGAGCUCCUUAUUUAAUCAAAAAUUGA